UGAAAAGUCGGUAUGAACGAAGGGACGCCUCAGAGCACAAUGGCGGAGUCUAAUAACCUUAACGGCUCGCAGCGAAGACGGUCACCGAGGUACAGUUCUUCUUCAACUGACAACAAAAUGGCGUUGACUGCCGUUGCCGUUAAACGUUCCAUCACCGUGAGGAAAAUAGCGCCUAGAAAAACGGUCGCGCCGUCGGAGCACAACAAGGAGAACACACCGAGGCGGUCGGAGCGCAACCAGCAGGAAAAGCUAAAGGUUUCCACCCCGGGUCCUGCCCCGGACCGUGGGCUCUCCUCGACGGGUAAGAAGAAGAGGAAGGCCGCGAUGCCCUCCCCGAUCCUCCCCUCAACCCCUCCGCCGCCGCCGCAGGCUCUCCCCCAGCAGCCGGCUGCAGAUACAGAGGACGCGGCGUGGGCGCAGAAAGUGCGUCGGUCUUACAGCAGGCUCAGCGACAAGUCCUUCAACAGCCCCGACUCAAGAGAGACCCUGUUCGGCUUCGAGAAGCUGCAGACCCCCGAGGUGGGCCGGAGAGUCCAGUUAACCAAGACAGCUCCGGAGGUGUCUGCCUCGCUGUCAGGUCUGAACUCAUUCAUGUCUUUGCUUGAGGGGGCGGAUGACUGCGGCGGCUCAGCUGUCCCCGAGGUGGACACUAACAUCCCCGGAGUGGCUGUGGUGAAGGAGAAGAGGAGGAGGAAGAAGGUGCAGCAGAUAAACACCACAGAGCUGGAAGAACUGGCUGCCAAGAUGAACGCAGAGUUUGAGGAGGCUGAGGAGUUUGAGCUGACCGUGGAGUAAAUAUUGAGACAGACUGAAAGACUCUCUUGUGGCUUAGGGAUGUGUCAGUAUCAAAAAUGUCAUGCUCAAUUAUCACAGUUAAAAUAUCACGAUGAACGGUAUUAUCAUGAUACUCAUCAAGAGUUUACUAUUAGUGAUAAAAUAUUAUCAUCAACAUUGCACCCAUUCAUAAUUUUACAAUAGAUACAUUUUUACAGAUGAAACUGAUCCAUUACUUUCUGGCAAGUGUUAUCAUUAUUUACAGAUAUUUGUAAACGCACACAGAUGAUAACAGUUAUACUGGACUCUGACAGGCCACUAGCGCUGACUGCCCCUCCGCAUCACUAACAAACAGCAGCAGAGCUGAAGCUGACAGACAGGAGCCCGGUUCUUUUUGCUGCGGUUAUUCUGCCUCUGAUUAACCAGUAGAAAGCUGCUAACGAAGCGCAGGAGAGCUGCUACGUGGUCACAAAGCCCUCUGAAAACCACGAUAAUGGAAAUCGUUGGCAGUAUUGAUACCGUGUAACCGAGGUAUAUUGCAAAAAUGGUGUACCAGCACAUCUCUACUUGUGGCAUGUUGUUUUUAUCACUGACAUGCUGAGAAAAAAGGCUUACUCUGGGAGGACAACACUUCAAAUGUGUGCUUCAUACUUAACACAUUCAAGUUUUUGUAUAUUUCCAGUUUUAUAUGUUUUGUAAAUUGUGAUUCUUAUGAAAUUUCACGUUUGGUUGUUCAUUUAAAUGCUCUUAAUGUGGUUGUUAAACUCAUUAUGUGAUGGUAUAAAGGCGUAGUAUAGUCACAUUGGUAUGUUUUAAUUUCUAAAUGACCAGUAGUUAGAUGAGUUAAAACUUAAAGCAUUUCUUUCUAUUUCUACAAAUUGGUGUUUACUAUAAUCAGAUGGCUUUUAUUUAGUCAUUAAAGUUUUGACUUUGAAUGACUAAACAGCCUUUUGCAAGUUUGUUUUUAAAUUGGCUGCAACCAUUUUUAUCUGACUUCACUUUAUAGUCAAAAACUGCUUGAUUGAGCUCAUAACACAGAAGGAAAAUAUGUGACAGUUAAAUACUGAUUGUAAAUAUGUGCAGAAGCUGUAGUUUUUUUUAUUGCUUGUAAGUUAUGAAGCAUUAUUUGCAGGGUUGGUACGAUCUGAGAGCAAAAAAGGGAUUUUUUUUUAUCCUUUCUGGACUGAAUUGCCAUUUUGUUUCACUCAAUUCUUGAUUAUAUUUGAAUUGAUAGAAAAAUCAAAGACGUGAGCAGCGAUUUUGACGUCUGGAAUCAGGCUACUACCCUUCAAUAAUGCGUUUACAUCCACAUUUAAGUGACAAAUGUUCAGAAUAAUAUUUCAAGAUGGCGCCUAUCGGUGUUCACGGACUGUCAUCUCACAUCUGUUGUUUCUUUACUGUUAAAAAAAAAUCAGUUAUUUGCAUGUCUGCAUAUAUGAAUAAAUAUUCAUGCGCUUUAUCAUUUCCAAGGGUCAAAGGUCAUGUCUUUACAUGUCUUGUUUUGUUCGACCACAACCCAAAGAAAACCAGAUUAUUCUCAUGUUUGACAAAGAAAAGCAUCACAUCUGACAAGCUCAAACCAGCUGAUAUAUUGGCAUUUUUGCUUAAAAAACUAAUAAAACUAUUAUUCAAUUAUCAAAA